CAGAUGGCAGCACAAAUCGUCUCUGUAUUGAUCGUCUUCUCCGAUCUUCCGUUUCCACAAAACAUUUCCGAUCAGACUAGACCAGACUCGACAUUUUUCAAGCUGUCAAAGUAGGAAUAUAUUAAUCCCAAAAAAAUAUCUGCGACUUUCUCUCUAUAUUCCAUAUUAUGAUAUGCGCAAUCUUAUAGUCUGAUGUCAGACAGGAUUAGUCUGAAGAAAAGUUUAAAAAAAAUCGUCUGAUUCAAAAUGAUGUGUACGGAGAAUUUACUUCCGCUUGUAUUUUCAAAACCGGAAAUCUGGGACCAAUCUCAUACAAAUUAUACUAAUAAGAACGUUAAACUGAAAGCCUGGUCGUAUAUAGCUGAUAGAUUAGGAGUAGCGCCGGACGUGGCGAAAGCAAGAUGGACCAACUUGCGAGAUUUGUUCCGACGCGAAUUGAAGAAGACGCUGAGGAUGGCGGAGGAGACGGGUGACGCGAAUGCCUACAAGCCCCGGUGGAAACACUUCAAGAGCAUGCUCUUCCUCAAAGAUCAGAUCAUCAAAGACGAAAGUGCCAGCAGCACAUUGCAGUUCGAUGAAGACACUUUCUCACUCUAUCCACAGACCAUAUUAGAGGAGGACGGUGAAGGGAAAUAUGACGAAGAGGGGUAUUUAGAAGAGGAAUCUGUUCGCAGCUCAUCGCCAAGUCAUUCAGAAAUCACCAUCUUGCCAGAUCCUUCAACCAGAAAAAGACAACGCAACAACAACAACGUGGACGACGGUAACUUCGUACAGAUUUACAAUCCUAUUAAAAGACAGCAUCGUUAUGAGGCAAAUACCAUGCCCGAUCAUGACAUGAACGAUAUGGUGAACUACUCCACUCCUCGACCCUCCAACGACAUGGACGAAGACUACCACUUCGCAAUGAGCCUAGUACCGUCUAUUCGACGCAUUCGCAGUGACAGAAAAACUGCAUUUAAGAUGAAAGUCUUACAGUUGAUUUUAGAUGAGGAAAAUACCAUGGAAGCUGGAAGCAGCAACGGGGAGUGGAGGCAAGAUUGUAAAAAAGAAUGACGAAACUUUCAAAAGCCUAUCAUUAUUUUGUUUGAGUAUUCCACUGAUAACUGGACUGGUGAUCUAAGAGUUUGGAGUUGAUUCUAAUUACUCCUGGUAACUAUUCUAAUUUCAAUAUUUACCUUUACCGGUGACUUUAUGCACUAUCGGACCCAGUAUCUGGAAACCCAGCGUUACUGACACGGAGAGUUCUGUUGUAUAUAUUAAUAUAAAUUUGGUCUAUCUUUUGCAUCGUUGGUUGCAUGUACACACACGUUUGAAAAAACUUUACAUCAGUUUUAAUAAAUAGACAUAGUUACAUUGGAUUUAGAUCGAGCUCGAACCCAGCCGGCCGAAGACUCCCCGUUUAGUAAAUGGUGACUGGUGCACGUUAAAACUGUCGGGUCACAAAGUCCUCAAAAUCCCCAUAACAAAUCAAAACCUCUGGGGGGUACUGAAUGGGAGAUUGAUCGUUCUCUGGUUCAGGUCAAAAUUACGAUCUAUGGAUGAAUGAAUGGAUGUAUUAAUGACUCCGCCCUAUAUACGAGUGCGACGUAUGGGUGUGGCAGAAGUCGAAUUCUUGUCCAUAGAUGGCACCAGUGAAAAACAAGAGCAAUCGCACCCUCUCUGCCUUAAUGGCCGACGACAAUAGUUCAUAUUUCGAACCACAGGCAGUAAGGAAACCAGGACAAAAAUAAAAAACACCCCUACACCAUGAUACCGGAAACGUGGAUGUCCAGAUACUUUAGACCAAAUAGUGUUUAGGUUUUAAAAAAUACUUUCAAAAUUAUUUCAAGUAAAAGCGCAUGGUCUCAUAUUUUUACUAUGCAUCACUCGUUGCGUGGUUGUAAAUGUUUCAAAAAUAUGAAAAUUAAGCAAAUUAGGUGGAGAUGAAUAUUUUUUUAAGAUGUUAUUAAAUUUGCAACAAUUUUAAAAUAUUAAUUGUUGCUGUGUGCUUUAAAGAACAAGAUAUUUAGUUUUUCUUAAAAAUGUAAAAAAAUACUAUCAACUAGUUUUAACAAAUUACUUUUAUUUUUAUCUAAAUGCAUUGCGAUAAACGAGGAGCGACAGAAAGCUUCAAUAAAUCUGUUAAAAUAUAAAGACAGACGCUUGGAAAUUGUA